GCAACGAGACAAGACACAGGUCAUUCGUGCGGCGACGCUCGGCGCGGACGGACGUGCGGAUAGACAAGCGAACACGUGAACACACACUAAACAACGCACGCACCCAUUGAUAUAGUGAGGAUGUCUGCAGGGAUGGCGACGAGCGCGGUGCUGUCGCCGGGCACACGCAUCCGCGCGGAGGUGGACGAGGAGGCGGUGCGGCUCCUGGCAGAGCGGCUGUACGGGAUCUCGGUGCUUGAGCUGGUGGAGCUGCCGGGUUAUGACGACCGCAACUACCGCCUCACUGAGGACCCCAACGUCAAGAACCCGCUCAUUCUACGCCACAGCCCACACGGAUACGUCCUUAAGAUUAUGAACUCCAUGGACUCCAAGAAUCUCGCCGUCGUCGAGGCGCAGAACGAGCUCAUGAACUUCUUAAGCCGGCGCUCGGUGAGGUGUCCGGUGGCCGUGCGCAACGUGUUCGGGCAGCUGCACUCGCUGGAGACGCUGGGCGGCCAGCAGCACGCCGUGCGCCUGCUCGAGUACGUGCCCGGAGAGCUGCUCAAGGACGUGCCGCGCUCAGAUGCCCUCUGCUACCAGCUCGGCGAGUUCGUCGCGAACCUCGACAACAAGCUACAAAGUUUCACGCACUCGGGGCUGGCGGGGCGCGAGCACAUCUGGAUGCUGUCGCAGGUCCCGGAGCUCGACAAGUUCAAGUACGUCAUCGAGGAUCCCGAAAACCUGGACCUCGUUGAGGAGGUGAUCGAGGAGUUCAAGUACGCGGUGGUGCCGCAGCUGGGCGAGCUGGAGCGCGGCGUCAUCCACGGCGACGUCAACGAGCAGAACGUGCUCGUGGAGCGCAAGCCGCCGCCCAGCAACGGCGAGUACCGCAUCGCAGGCAUCAUCGACUUCGGCGACGUGCAGGAGUCGUACUACGUGUUCGAGCUGGCCAUCGCCAUCACGUACCUGAUGCUGCUGACGGGGCAGCCGCGCAGCGCCGGCGUGCUGCUGGCGGGCUACGGCGCCACGCGCCGCCUGCCCGACCACGAGUACCGCCUGCUCAAGACGCUGGUGUCGGCGCGGCUGGUGCAGAGCCUGGUGCUGGGCGCCUACUCGCUGCAGCAGGACCCCGCCAACACGUACGUGUCGUGCAGCGCGCGCGCCGGCGGCUGGCAGCUGCUGCGCCGCCUGCGCAAGGCCCCGCCGCAGCCCGACGGCGACGACACCGACUGGCGCGCGCUCGCCGACGACUACCUCACGCGCAGCUAGCCUCCCCCUCCCCCAGCCAACUGGCCUCGCACUAUGUCAAGUCGCAUUACAUACUAUUGCAUUUUAUCUGUUUUUCGUUGAAAAAGUAAGGUUUUAUUGUUGUAAUAAUGUUAUUAAUUCAUAAAAUAAAUUAAAUCAUAUUAAA